CCCUAAAUCUUCUUACCCGGCUUUGGCCGAUUCCCUCGCACCAUUCUCGUAUCGUCGUUCUCCGGGCUCUCCUCUGCUACGAGUCGACCUCCGCGGCUCGACUCCGCCAUUGCUCCACCCCCAUCUUCCUCCACAUUCGCUGCCUACUCGUCUGCCCUUUUGCCGCUGCUGUUCCACGUUUGCUGUCCCUGGCGAGCGACGAAAGAGUGCCACUGGAUUCCACGACAAUGCGUUGCGGUUUAAGGGCUCGACGAGCAUCUAACGAGCCGAACACGAGCUGUUCGAGCUAGGACUUAUCUGGAUUCUGUGCCUUUUUCGUUUGUUCUGAGUCCGACUAAAGUUUUGAUCGUUUGAGGCCAGUUCUCUCCAUUCGACUUCGACCAUGUCGACCCUGGAAAUCGAAGCGCGGGAUGUAAUCAAAAUAGUUCUACAGUUUUGCAAAGAAAAUUCAUUACACCAAACCUUCCAGACAUUGCAGAGUGAGUGCCAAGUCUCAUUAAAUACAGUGGACAGCCUUGAAACAUUUGUUGCAGAUAUUAAUAGUGGAAGGUGGGAUGCAAUUUUACCUCAAGUGGCACAGCUUAAGCUUCCUAGAAAGAAAUUGGAGGACCUCUAUGAACAGAUUGUUCUGGAAAUGAUUGAGCUUCGGGAGUUGGACACUGCACGUGCCAUUCUUAGACAAACUCAGGUUAUGGGAGUAAUGAAACAAGAGCAACCUGAGAGAUACUUACGUCUUGAGCAUCUCUUAGUCCGAACAUACUUUGAUCCCAAUGAGGCAUAUCAAGAGUCGACCAAGGAGAAGCGCCGUGCACAAAUUGCUCAAGCUCUUGCUGCUGAAGUUUCUGUUGUACCGCCAUCACGAUUGAUGGCAUUGAUUGGUCAGGCUCUAAAGUGGCAGCAACACCAAGGAUUGUUGCCACAAGGCACUCAAUUUGACUUGUUCCGAGGAACUGCUGCAAUGAAGCAAGAUGAAGAUGACAUGUAUCCGACGACCCUGGCACACCCAAUAAAGUUCGGAAAGAAAAGUCACCCAGAAUGUGCUCGAUUUUCACCUGAUGGUCAAUUCUUAGUUUCAUGCUCGGUUGAUGGCUUUAUUGAGGUUUGGGAUUAUAUUAGUGGGAAGCUCAAGAAGGAUCUGCAGUAUCAGGCUGAUGAUGCUUUUAUGAUGCACGAUGAUGCUGUACUUUGUGUUGAUUUUAGCCGAGAUUCAGAAAUGCUGGCUUCUGGAUCACAGGAUGGAAAAAUUAAGGUUUGGCGUAUUAGAACAGGUCAGUGCUUGCGACGCCUUGAGCGUGCACAUUCGCAAGGUGUAACCAGUCUUGUGUUUUCUCGCGACAGUAGCCAGCUACUAAGCACAUCCUUUGACACGACAGCAAGAAUCCAUGGCCUGAAGUCUGGGAAGCUGUUAAAAGAAUUCAGAGGCCACACAUCUUAUGUAAAUGAUGCAAUUUUCUCAAACGAUGGCAGCCGUGCUAUUACAGCCUCCAGUGAUUGUACUGUAAAGGUGUGGGAUGUGAAGAGUACAGAUUGUUUACAUACCUUCAAGCCACCACCUCCAUUAAGGGGGGGUGAUGCAUCUGUGAACUCUGUUCAUUUGUUUCCAAAAAAUCCUGAGCACAUUAUAGUUUGCAAUAAGACAUCAUCAGUAUAUAUAAUGACUCUUCAAGGACAGGUAGUAAAAAGCUUCUCUUCUGGGAAGAGAGAAGGUGGAGAUUUUGUUGCAGCUUGUGUUUCCCCAAAAGGAGAAUGGAUCUACUGUGUUGGUGAAGACAUGAAUAUGUAUUGUUUCAGCCACCAGUCCGGUAAGCUGGAACACUUGAUGAAGGUUCAUGACAAAGAUGUGAUUGGCGUAACUCAUCACCCUCACAGAAAUUUGGUCGUCACGUAUGGUGAAGAUUGUACAUUGAAAAUAUGGAAACCUUGACACCCACAGUUUGUAUGUUCAUUCGGAUGCUAUUCUUAGCUUAUGUAUUUUCCAUCAUUGAGCAAAAUCUUUGUAAUCAUCUUUUUGGUGACAUCCGCAGUCUGUAGCAUAUUUUGAGUGAUCUGCUCAAUGAAUAGAAAAUUUAUGAGAUGUUCAUCUCAAUGGGUGUCAGAAGAAAAUAGAUUACACUUCCCAAUGUUUACUUGCAUGUUUUAUUUCA